AUCACCAUCCGUGAUUUUUGAUCUGAGCUCAUGCAUGUGAUUGUUUUAGCUUCAAAUCGUCAAUGGAGAGAGAGAGAGAGAGAGAGAGAGGUCGCUCCCACAAGCCUUUGACAGAGACUUCUUCUUGCUUUCUGAUUCAAACCAGGUUGUGAAAUCUUUGGUUUCAUAAGUGUUUAGUUACAUUGAAACAUGUAUUUAUGUUCCUAGUUCACGGAGCUGUGUUUCCAUAGUUUUCUCAGUUUUGAGAAAUAUCUUUUACAGUAUAUUGUUUUUGGUUUUGCUUACACAGGGAAAAGAAUUGGCAGGAAUACAUAAUUGUUGAAGGUGGAAGAUGGUAACCCGCGGGUCGACCCUCAAACAAGGUGAACUUAGCAGGGCGGGCUUGGACAAGAGGAUUCAGGCCGCAACCCGCUGCGGGACUGUCCAGGUGGACGCGGGUCAACCCGUCUGACAAUGAAGUAAAUUUGCAUUGGGUCCAGAAAAGGCCCAAAGGAGAAGGAGGGGGCUCGUUUAGAUUAGGGGUGGAUGGUUUGUUUAUAAAUAUAAACCUAAGGGGACGUGCUCAUCCUCCUACUCUACGAUACACUCUUUAGCGGCACUCGGAAUCAGUCAGGAAACCCUUUGAUUUGCUUGCUAUGGCUCGUCGUGGUGAAUCCGGCUGCCCUCCUCCUCGCAACUUUGCUAAAGACACAUGUACCAUCGAGUUUGACGGUGCUUCAAAAGGAAACCCUGGAAGAGCUGGUGCAGGAGCCGUUCUCCGUGCUCCAGAUAAUACUGUGAUCUUCUCUUGUCGCGAGGGUUUAGGCUCUGCCACAAACAACGUUGCUGAGUAUCGAGCUCUCAAUCUUGGCCUCGAGUGUGCUCUUAACAACGGCUUUAAAAAUGUUCACGUCCAGGGUGAUUCACAGCUUGUCUGUAAGCAGGUUCAAGGUGCCUGGGCAACCAAAAACCCGAACAUGACUCAGCUUUGUGGACAAGCACAUGAGCUUAUGAGUCAGUUUGACUCAUGUGAUAUUCAACACGUUCCCAGGGAAUUCAAUUCAGCGGCUGACGCUCAAGCUAGCCUUGCUACCAAUCUGGCAGAGGGUGAAACUCAUGAAGAGAGUGGAGGCGGCUAUGGAAGAAGGGGAUACUAAUAUCCAAGUGGAGUAAUAUGCAUUUUAUGUUUUCUUGUUUUUUGGGAUCAUCAUGUCUUUCUUUUAGCAUGUGCUAUGUGUUAACAUAAACAUGAACACGAUGAUCUUUUGUCUCUUUUGAUUUAUCCCACGGCAUGUUGACUUCCCAAGAACAUUUCUAUGUCGUCUACUACUUAUUCUAUUCAAUAAGUUGUCUAUAUAAUACUGUUUUCUUAA